AGGACUAAAAGUAGUAGCUUCUUCCCUCAGCUGGCAACUUACUCUCUCCAACUUGCACCAGAACCGCCGUUCGUUCCCUUCAAGGCCAAAACCCACCGCCGUCCCCGCCCAGCCUCCCUUCCCAAGUGGAUAUCCAUCUGCUUCCACCGCUCAAUUAGUUUCCCCGAUAUUCUUUCUUCGUUCCUUCUCCUCCUUUUCCCUUUCCCUCCUCAUCUACUAUUGCUGUUGGCUGCUCCAUUGCCGCACCGCCGUUCCACUCCCCGGUAUCUCGGCCCUUUCUUACUACGUACUAACCAACGACCCUCCCUACAUUCCUGCUUCUUCAUCCGACUUCCCGAGACAAGCGAUCGCAAUGGCUCCUGCUCCGCCCGCUAAUCUGCCUCUGCCUGAGAGACUCAAGGCUUUGGCUCAAACACUGCAAUUUGCUUGGUUCGCUGGGCAUGUGACGCUUCUCCUUUCAGUUUUCCGCUAUGUCUUGUCCUACAUUACGUUCAACUAUUACUCCUCGUCGGCGCAGGUAGCUUACCGCCUUGCGUUUGUUUCCGCUGCCGCGACAUACGGAAUUGUGGUGUACAAGGGACACAUUGCCCGUGGCCGUCUCCAGGGCAGUGUUCCCAACAUUGCGCUGAAGCUGGCUGGUGAUGAAAAUGUCCAGUACCUCGGUAUGGCUUUGGUCUGGCUCUACUCGCGCCAGAUCCCGUUGGCCCUGCUUCCUUUCAGCGUCUACUCCAUCUUUCACGUUGCGACUUACACUCGUGCCCACAUUAUUCCCACCAUUCAGGGCCCCGCCCCUGGUGCCCCGGCUUCUCCCGCUUCUCCUAGCGGUCCUAAGCCCGCCGCCAGACCUUCUCCCUUGGCCGAUACCAUUGGACGAUUUGUCAAGCAGUACUAUGACGCCAGCAUGCACCUGGUUGCACAGCUGGAGAUGUCUCUCCUCUUCCGCUUGGCCGUCGGCAUCCUGACCUUCUCCAAGGGUAGCUUUGUGCUGUUCUUCUUCUACCUGGCCUUUUUCCGCGCCAGAUACUCCCAGAGCUCCUUUGUGCAGCAGGCGGUCCGUCACUUCAUCGCGAGAGUUGAUGCUUCGGUUUCUCACCAGAGCACCCCCCCUGCGGUUCGCCAGGGUUGGGAGUCUUUCAAGGCUGCCGUGGGCCAGGCCUACGAGGCUACGGAUCUCAACCGUAUGAGCUCCGGUGCUGCGAAGAAGCCCCAAUAGAGGGCCAUCAGGAUUGGUUCAGGACGUUCAGGAUUACAACGGAAUUGGUGAACUG